UGCCCUGCCUCUAAAAUGAUUCUCUCUGGGGAACAUGACACCAAGGCUAAGAGCCCAAUCAAGCAGGAGAGACCAGCCUCCCCUGUUCCCAGCUGUGUGUCCAUGAAGAGUGACCAGUCUAUGGAACCUCCUAUAGAGAUUAGAGAGGGAGACUUUUCUACUGAACAAAGCCCAAUCAAGCAGGAGAGACCAGCCUCCCCUGUUCCCAGCUGUGUGUCCAUGAAGAGUGACCGGUCUAUGGAUCCUCCUAUAGAGUUUAGAGAGGGAGACUUUUCUACUGAACAAAGAAACCAACAGGAGAGAUCAGAGUCAGAGAUUCUCAGUGGUCAGUCUUCCCAGAGUCAUCAAACAGACCUGGCCUCCAUAUUCAGUUUGCUUGAAGAGAAAAUUCUGACAUUUGUGAAGAACGAGCUGAAGAUGUUCAAGAGGAUUCUUAGUCCAGAACUCCCAGAAGGCUUUGAGAGUCAGAAGCAGGAUAAGGAAGUGGUGGACGCUGAAGAUGAGAAGCAGGAGAGCAGUGCCAGAGAGGGGGCUCUGAAGAUCACACUGCACAUCCUGAGGAAAAUGAACCAGAAGGAGCUUGCUGACACACUGGAGAAAUAUUCAGAUGAGCUUGCUGUGAUUUGCCAACGUGAACUCAAAUCUAAUCUAAAGAAGAAGUUUCAAUGUAUAUUUGAGGGGAUCGCUCAACAAGGAAACCCAACACUUCUCAAUAAGAUCUACACAGAGCUCUACAUCACAGAGGGUGGAACAGGAGAGGUCAAUAAUGAACAUGAGCUGAGACAGAUUGAGACAACAACCAGGAAACAAGCAAGACCAGAGACUGCAAUCAAAUGUAACGACAUCUUCAAACCCUUAACUGGACAAGACAAACUUAUCAGAACUGUGCUGACAAAGGGAGUCGCUGGCAUUGGAAAAACAGUCUCUGUGCAGAAGUUCAUUCUGGACUGGGCUGAAGGAAAAGCAAAUCAGGAUGUCCAAUUUGUAUUUUCAUUCCCUUUUCGGGAGCUGAAUUUAAUGAAAGAGGAUAAACACACUUUCAUUGAACUUCUUAAUCACUUCUCAAUGGAAACUAAACAAUCAGGAAUCUCCAACUACAACAAGUACAAAGUUCUGUUCAUCUUUGAUGGUCUGGAUGAGUGCCGACUGCCCCUAGACUUCCAGAAGAACAAGAUCUGUUGGGACGUCACAGAGUCAACCUCAGUGGAUGUUCUGCUGACAAAUCUCAUCAGGGGAAAUCUGCUUCCCUCUGCUCUCCUCUGGAUAACUACCCGACCUGCAGCAGCCAAUAAGAUCCCUUCAGGGUGUGUUGACCAGGUGACAGAGGUACGAGGGUUCAAUGACCCACAGAAGGAGGAGUACUUCAGGAAGAGAUUCAGUGAUGAGGACCUGGCCAGCAGAAUCAUCUCACACAUAAAGACAUCAAGGAGCCUCCACAUCAUGUGCCACAUUCCAGUCUUCUGUUGGAUUUCUGCUAUAGUCCUUGAACACAUGCUGAAACACAAGAGAGAAGAGAUGCCCAAGACUCUGACUGAGAUGUACACACACCUUGUGGUGUUUCAUACCAAACAGAAGAAUGAAAAGUAUCUUGGGAAAGAAGAGACAGGUCCACACUGGAAUAAAGAGAGCAUUCUGUCACUGGGAAAACUGGCUUUUCAACAGCUUGUGAAGGGCAAUCUGAUUUUCUAUGAAGAAGACCUGACAGAGGCUGGCAUUGAUGUCAAUGAAGCCUCAGUGUACUCAGGAUUGUGCACACAGCUCUUUAAAGAGGAAUGUGUGCUGUACCAGGACAAGGUGUUCUGCUUUGUUCAUCUGAGCAUUCAGGAGUUUCUGGCUGCUGUAUAUGUGUUCCUCUCAUUCAUCAACAACAAUGAGAAUCUCAUGGACAAACUGAAAACAAACGACGAGCCUGAAGUUGCUUUCUACAAGAGUGCUGUGGAUAAAACGUUACAAAGUGAGACAGGAAACUUAGACCUUUUCCUCCGCUUCCUUCUGGGCCUCUCACUGGAGUCCAAUCAGAAGCACUUACGAGGUCUACUGACAAAGUCAAGAAGCAGCUCACAGACCCAUGGAGAAACAGUCAAGUACAUCAAGGAGAAGAUCAGGGAGAAUCCCUCUCCAGAGAGGAGCAUCAAUCUGUUCCACUGUCUGAAUGAACUGAAUGACCAUUCUCUAGUGGAGGAGAUCCAAAGCUACCUGAGAUCAGGAAGUCUCUCAAAACCCAACCUGUCACCUGCACAGUGGUCAGCUCUGGUCUUUGUGUUGCUGACUUCAGAAAAGGAGCUGGAUGUGUUUGACCUGAAGAAAUACUCCAGAUCAGAGGAAGGUCUUCUGAGGCUGCUGCCAGUGGUCAAAGCCUCCAGAGCUGCUCUGCUGUCAGGCUGUCUAGUCACAGAGGAAGGCUGUGCUUCUCUGGUCUCAGCUCUGAGGUCAAACCCCUCACACCUGAGAGAGCUGGACCUGAGUAACAACGACCUGAAGGAUUCAGGAGUGAAGCUGCUCUCUGCUGGACUGGGGAAUCCCCACUGUAAACUGGAGACUCUGAGGCUGUCAGGCUGUCUAGUCACAGAGGAAGGCUGUGCUUCUCUGGUCUCAGCUCUGAGGUCAAACCCCUCACACCUGAGAGAGCUGGACCUGAGCUACAAUCACCCAGGAGACUCAGGAGUCAGACUGCUCUCUGCUGGACUGGAGGAUCCACACUGCAGACUGGAGAAACUCAAUGUGGAACAUGGUGGAGAGAACAGAAUGAAACCUGGACUUAGAAAAUAUGUCUGUGAUCUCACACUGGACCCAAACACAGUAAACAGACGCCUCUCUCUGUCUGAGGAGAACAGAAAGGUGACAUGGAGGAGAGAGGAACAGCCGUAUCCUGAUCACCCAGAGAGAUUUGAGGACUGGAGACAGGUGCUGUGUAGAGAGGGUCUGACUGGGCGCUGUUACUGGGAGGUAGAGUGGAGUGGGGGAGGGGCUGUUAUAGGAGUGACAUAUAAAGGAAUCAGCAGGAGAGGAAGGGUUGAGGACUGUGGUCUUGGAUACAAUGACAAGUCCUGGAGUCUGUUCUGCUCUGACAACAGUUACAUUGCCUGGCACAAUAAUAAUCCCACUACCAUAGACGUCCCCCCUAGCUCCCACAGAGUAGGAGUGUAUCUGGACUGGCCAGCCGGCACUCUGUCCUUCUAUAGAGCCUCCUCUGACACACUGACCCACCUGAUCACAUUCACCUCCACAUUCACUGAGCCCCUCUAUCCAGGGAUUUGGGUUUAUGGUGUUGACUCUUCAGUGUCCCUGAAAUAAUAACCUGAGACACACACUGAUACACACACACUGAUACACACACACACUGAUACACACACACUGAUACACACACACUGAUACACACACACUGAUACACACACACACUGAUACACACACACUGAUACACACAC